GGAGGGGUUUGCGGGGCGGCGGCGCCUGCGCGGGGCGGCGGCGGAGCUCCGCGAAGUUGUGCGGGGCCCGGGGAAGUUUGCGGGGGAGGCGGCUCCCGGUGCCCGGAGCCCGGAGCCCGGUGCCCGGUCCCGGCGGCUGUCCCGGUGCCGGUGGCGGUACCGGUACCGGUACCGGGCCGGCCAUGGCUUUCCGGCGACGAGCCAAGAGCCACCCGCUCUUCAGCCAGGAGUUCCUCAUCCACAACCACGCCGACAUCGGCUUCUGCCUGGUGCUCAGCGUCCUCAUCGCCCUCAUGUUCGAGGUCACAGCCAAGACUGCCUUCCUGUUUAUCUUACCUCAGUACAACGUUAGCGUGCCUACGGCAGACGGGGAGCUGGUCCAGUAUCACUACGGGCUGAAGGACCUGGUCACCAUCCUCUUCUACAUCUUCAUCGCCAUCAUCCUGCACGCGGUGGUGCAGGAGUAUGCCCUGGACAAAAUCAACAGGCGUCUCCAUCUCUCCAAGGUCAAACACAGCAAGUUCAAUGAGUCGGGGCAGCUCGUCGCCUUCCACCUCACCUCCUUGAUUUGGUGCUUGUACGUCGUCGUGACGGAAGGAUACAUAUCAAACCCCCGGAGUUUGUGGGAAAACUACCCGCAUGUUUAUCUUCCGUUCCAGGUGAAGUUCUUCUACCUGUGCCAGCUGGCCUACUGGCUGCACGCGCUGCCGGAGCUCUACUUCCAAAAAGUCCGCAAGGAGGACGUCCCCCGCCAGCUGCAGUGCAUCGCGCUCUACCUGGCGCACAUCGCCGGCGCGUACCUCCUCAACUUAACCCGCCUGGGGCUGAUCCUCUUGCUGCUGCAGUAUUUAGCCGAAUUCUUCUUCCACAUGGCCCGCCUGGUCUACUUCACCGACGAGAACAACGAGAAGCUGUUUAACGUCUGGGCUGUUGUCUUCGUGGUCACCAGGCUCUUCACCCUCACCCUGUACAUCUUGGUCAUCGGCUUCGGGCUGCCGCGGGUGGAGAACCAGGCCCUCGAGCCAGAGAAGGGGAAUCUCUUCAGCUUUCUCUUCAACAACAUCCUCUUCAGAAUGAGUGUGCUGCUGUUGGUGUGCCUCUUCCAGGCCUCGGUGAUGUGGCGCUUCAUCCACUUCCAGCUGCGGCGCUGGCGGGAGUACUGGAACGAGCAGAGCAGUCGGAAGCGAGCCGCCGCGGCCGCCGCCGGCGCCAAGCAGCAAGCCAAGCCUCUCAAGAGGGACUCGGGUUACCACGAAAACGGAGUGGUGAAGGCGGAGAACGGCACCUCACCGCGAACCAAGAAGCUGAAGUCGCCGUAAGGAGCAAGGGCUUGGCUCCUGGGGAGGAGGGCGAGAUACCAGGACUAAGGACCAGCCCGGCCUCCCGGGCCUCACAAGCGUCACCUUGAGCGGCUGGCACACAGGUCAUUUUCCCAAGGUGUCUCUCGCUCUCCUCCCUUCCUUUCUUGCUCUCUCGAACCGUUUGCAAUAAAACCAAAAAGGUCCCUUUCCCCUGCUCCCUCCCCCUCAUAGGAGCCUUUUCCAAGCCUCCUGGUUUUGCCUUCCUCGUUUUCAUCGUAAAUAAGCGUGCAAUUUUUUUUUUUUCUAUUUUAGUAUUUGGUUAUUUUGUUGUUCGAUUAUUUUUUUUUGUUACAAAUGCAUUGUAGGUGGUUCCGAACAUUACUUUUUUUUUUUUUAUUCUACAGCAUGUUUCUCCCCUCCCUCUGUGCUGCUUCCCUGAGCCCCUGCGUCAGGGCCAUGGCAGUGUGAAGGCUCCGCUUGUCUCUUACGGGAACAGGCUCCUGGGGAAAAGCGUUGGGGCUCUGUGACCCUGAGGCUCAGGGGUGCUCUCGGCUGAGGUUUGCCUCUCCUGGGGCACAUCUGGCCAGCACUUGGCACGUGCUGCAGGAUGUCGAUGCUGCAAAUAGGGACGAGGGUCUGAGGGAGGAACCUCAGCUGUGUCCUGCCUCACGAUGGACUUCUGGUUGAGUAGGGUUCCUCCAGCUCCUGGUUUUGAGCUAAUUUUGGAGAUCUGGGCAGCAGAGAAGGGAGAGAGGAUCCUUCUUCCUAUAGGACCCGCAUCCUAGCCUUUGCUUGCCCUAGCUCUUCUGGUACAGCUGGGUCCCUUUUAUCCUCUUGACUGCCCCAUAGUUGUUUGGACCUCCCAGCAGCGAGAGCUGGGCUCGGGGCGCCGCAGCUCGUCGUGCCUUGUCGUGGGGCAGUGGCAUCCUCAGGUCCGGGUGAAGCCUGGAGUCCUGCCCCACUCUGAGCCCUGGCCUGGCUCUCGUCAGCCUCGUGUGCCUCAUGGACCUGGUGUUCUCAUGGCUCGUAACCAUGUCCAGAUGAGCAAACUGGCUGCUGCAAAGGGUUUUGCGUUUAUGGGACUGUGCCCCUCGUGCUGUCGCCGUAGCCUUCCUCGUCCCUACCGUACCGGUCCAGCCGUGCCAUCUGCAGCCACCAGCUUCUCUUUGUUUCCAAAGGAUACACGGCCUGUAUCCGCCCAAGGUGCUAUCAAAUGCAGGGUUUCUUCCAAAAAACCUAGCCCCUUCAUCCCUUUCUGAGCUGUGAAUGAGGUGACAUGGAAGGGGAAGGAAGCCGGGGCUGCAAGGAGCAGCUCGUACAUUAGGAAAGGCCUGACCUGUGACGCACAGCUGUUGGCAGAUGGAGUUGUCUCAAACCUACCUCAGAGGCCAUCUGUUGCUGCAGACCACUCUUCCCUCUUGCUCCUGCCCGCUGCCACCCGUACGUGUUGGCGGGAGAAGCCCAAAUCCCACCGGCUCGGUCCCCUGCUGCCUCUUUGCUGGUGGGCAGCAUCUUCUGCCCGGGGUUUCACCGGUCAGUGGGCUUCUUUGGGUGCCGUGCACCAGCCUGGAUUUGGCAGAUGGGCACUGGACAGGCGCUGGAGGGGCACCUCUCACCCCGUAGCUCUCCCCCAGGGAUGCUUCUGUAGCCGGGCUUUGCUGUUGGUGCCUUUUGUGCAGCAAAGCCGGCUGUAGGCUUCGCUCUGCAUAGCUACGGCAGGAGCAGGCGAGCGGUGCGCGGGAUCGGGGAGAGCCUGGCAAGCCUUCGAUGUGCAAGCCGGGAUCGAAGCUCACCUUCCUGGUGGGCAGGGGGGACGCGUGGUCUCGUGGCGUGUCCCUCGCUCAGCCCCGCGGGCGGCUGAGCUGAAUCCGAGCGCGAUUCGAGCUUGGGCUCUCUUGCGGUGAGGCUGGCACAGUCGUCUUUUGUACCUUUUUUAUUCCAUACCUGUUUUGGGGAAUGGGAGACAGUUGAUUCUCUGCCACUCUUUGAGUUUUGUUAUUUUUCCCCCUCUUUUUGUAGGUGUCUUUUUUCCUUUCCUCCUCCUCUCCGUGUUGAGCCUCAGCUAAUGCUGGGCACCGGAGGGAGAAAAUGCGUAGGGACACGAGUACAGUCGGUCAAAUUCCACUUGUUCCUCCAUCCCCAUGACUUCUGAGUGUCAAACGAGAUGCCAGCAGGAUUCUAGGGGGAAGGAUUCCUCCUUUUUCAAGAGAACUGAGGAAGGAGACCUUGGAGCAGAGCCCUUGCUGGCCCCGUUGGCCCCAUGCAGUCGCUCCUCUUAGUCCUUGCUGGGCAGAUAAUUCAGCGUUUGGCUCAAGCAGAGGCAGCACCUGCAGUGCAACAUGAUGAGAGGGCAGAGAAAGAGCUUGAUGUGAGGGAAGAUGGGGAGAAGGUCUGGUGCCUUCUCCUUUCCGCUGCCUCCUCCUUCCGCAGCCACCCGCUGCCACGUGCCCUCCAGGAGCACCCGGUGGUCGGCGUCUCGGGAGCCUUGGCGGUCCCUUUCGGCGAAGCCGGUGCCUCGCGGCAGCUGGGGCUCUGGCUCUGUUAACAGAUGACACGUACAACCCCCCAGAAACUGGCUGCUGAAUGAUUCCUCCUCCUGCCUGCUUCGCUUCAGGCAGCUUUCCCACUUGCACAACCCUGCGUCUUCAUGAAGUCGCUAAUUGCGCGUUGUAUCCCAAGUGCCUUAGGUUGCCAGGUAGCCUCGUGUGCUAGAUCGGUGUGCUGUAGCUGCACCUGAAAGCCUUCCCUCUCUACAACUUAUGUACAGCGUAUGCCACAUCCAUGUAUUUUUGUUUGUUUGUUGUUUUUUGUGUUGUCUUUUUUUUCUUCCUUUCUUUUUUUUUCAUGUUUGUUUUUGAUAGAGCUACCAGUAAAAGGGACGGUUUGGUUUGGAAACACUUCCAUGCUGUUUUUUUGGGUUGGUUUGUUUUUUUAAACCUAUAGCUGAUGUUUGUUGUUGGUUGUUUGUUUGUUUUUUCCCCUCCUGUCUUUAGUCUUCUGAAAUCUCCUCUUGUUGUGCCUGAGCGUGGCGUGACCCUGUUGUUUUUCUGUGUUGAGCCUUUGCUGUAAGGCAACACUCACCCUCGUCCCAGAGGUUUCCAGUCUGUCUGCUUCUGUCUCCGUCUUGUAGUGCAAAGACCAUCCCCGGGCUGCGAGCCUGCAGUAACUCCUCUGUGUCCACGGCAUUUCUCAGCAGACCAAGCCUUCUUCUCAGCCCAAAGAACUACUUCUUCCCCCAGAUGGGGAAUUUCCAUUGCAAGCCCUUAGCAGUCCUUGACCGCUUUGCGUUACAAAGAUGCUGAGAGCCCCCUUUCACUGAGUGGAUGCUCUUCUUGCACCCCAUCCAGUCCAGCCCCGUGUCUUCUGCAAAAAAAAAAAACAGCAAACCCAACCCCAAACAGGCGCUCUUGUCUGCCACAGUGCAGAAACUGGUAGAGACCAUGCAAAACUGCAAGUUCCUACUUCUGGUGUAACACUUUUGCUUGCUCUGCACCCUUCCUGCGGGCAUGAGACUGCUCUUGUAGUCUGUGUCCGUUACAGACCUAAGGUCGGGGACUGAGUAGUCCGUGAUUUUUGGUGUGAAGCAUAGUGUUUUCCUGCCCUACCCUAGGAAAGCUUUGAAAAACCGACAGUAGUUCUCUCUUUUUGUCUUAGAUAGUUGGGGAAUGGGCUUGGGAAGAGAAGGGGGUUGAGGAAGAACAGAUGUAGCAUUUCACUUACAAUGUUUGAGUGACUCUUACAUUAUGGGGCAUUACGGUUAUGUUUUUUUGUUUAGGAUUCUUUCUUCUUACUCAUUUUUGGUUUAGCGGUAAAGAAGACAAGUUCCAGUUUCCCCGUAGGACCCCUUACCCUUAACUCACUGUUUUAAGAUGUAUUUUUGGUAGGCUUCCCUGCUGGAGGGGAGAAGGACUGCUCUAGGAUGCCUCCCCCGACCCCAAGUUACUCAGAAGCCUGUAGAUACCCCGGCUCUGUUGCAGUGCGUGGGGAUUUACAGCAGCACCUGCCUCUUGCCUCGGAUAAACUCUUGGUAGAUGGACCCCGACGUGCAUCAGCAGUAGGUGGAGAUUCUGGGGUCUGAUUUAGAGCCUUCCCGUAAGCUUUAGGAGCGUGUAGUAGACGGUUUGGCAGGCUUUACACUCAAACUGUGAAGUAUGUUACUUAGCCUCGGGGCUGGGGGGGUGGUUGCUGGCACUGGGAACAGUUGUAAAAGCCAAGCGGAGGCACAAAGCUUUUCCUUGGAUACAUUGGGCUCUGUGGACCAAACUUCAGCAAAGGAACCCAAGGAAAAAUUCUGUUCUUCCAUAUUUAGUGCGAAGUUCAUGAUUUUGGAGGGGGUGUGGGGGAAGUAACAGCCUCCGAUAUUUUAUCUCAUUUGUUUCAUCCUUCCUGUCACUUCAAUUUUUUUGUACGUUUUUUUUUGUUGUUGUUUGUUUGUUGACGUUUGUUGUUAAAUGACUUUUGUGAUAAACUCAACAAAAGUAUUUUCUGAAAUAAAUAAAUAAAAGGCAUAGAUUCCUCCA